AUGGCGAUGAUAACAAUGAAGAAAAGGCAAGAAUGGAAGGCAGAACAUGAAGGAAGGAUGGAAAAAAAGGAGGAGGAAGAGGAGGAGGAGGAAGAAGAGGAGGAGGAAAAGGAAGAACAACUAGGGGGAAGCAAGUUCAGAUGUUCGGGAAGCAGGAAGUUAUAA